AAUGGAGAAGUAGAGGAGGUGGGAAGUGAAGGAGCCAAGGGAGGAGCGACUAUAAACGGCAGGAGUUAACAUUUCAACACUUGGUCGUCGUCUUCGCCUCUCAUCGCAGGGUUUUACAGACUUCUUCUCUAAGGAAACAGAUCAGUAUCAGCCAUGGCUGUAGAGGGGGGAAUGAAAUGUGUCAAGUUCCUGCUUUUCUUUUUCAACUUCAUUUUUUGGCUAUGUGGCAUAGCAUUGAUUGUCGUGGGAAUCCUGGUUCAAGUGGGAUUUCACGAAACCUUGAUCAUCCGCGAUGUGUCGGCCUCAGCAGCUCCCGUUGUCAUCAUUGCAAUCGGCGUUGUGAUUUUCUUCAUCGCCUUCUUUGGCUGCUGUGGUGCCUGGAAAGAGAGCAACUGCAUGAUCACCAUGUUUGCCAUUCUUCUCUUCCUGAUCAUUGUUGUUGAGAUUGCAGCAGUAAUCGUUGGAUACGUCUUCAGAAACAAACUGUCAAAUAUCGUCCAGGAUAGUCUCACUGACAUGAUUUCUGGUUACAAGAACGGCACAGAUGAAUUCAGAAGCACCUUGGAUAAACUGCAGGAGGAUUUGAAAUGCUGUGGUGUAAACAGUUCCUCUGAUUGGAGCAGUUUUAGAGCUGAUGGAAACUCUGUGCCUGACUCAUGCUGCUUGACUCUCUCAACCAACUGUGGAAUCAAUGCCAUGACGAACGCUGCCAUAGUGCACCAGAAGGGUUGUCAUGAUGCGUUGGAGGCUUUUCUGAAGAAAAACAUCCUGUGGGUGAUAGUUGUAGCUCUUGUCAUUGCUGGCCUGCAGAUUUUGGGCAUCGUGUUCUCCUGCUUGUUGAUAAGAGGCAUCCGCAGCGGCUACGAAGUCAUGUGAUUCAGCUUCACACCCGAGUAGGAGUUGUCUGUUCGAGUUAUGCUUAUUGGGAUCUUCAUUUGGAAACUUUUAAUAUGUUCAUCCUAUAUUUCAGAUAUAUUGCACAAAACAAUAGAUUUUCGAUCAUAUUUUUAUAGGUUAACAAUAUCUCUACUUUGAUACUGUGUAUACGUUUUAUGUUUCUGUUGAUUGUGAGGCAUAUUAACACUUUUACUGGUUCUGUUGAGAAGACUUAAGAUCUGUUUUUAUGGUUUGCUGUUUUCCAGUUUUCUUUAAAGACUUUUAAAUUAUUUCUGUAUUAAUUGAAGCGUAAAUACAAACGUAGAAAAUAAAUGCAUCAUGAAAGUUA